AUGCCAACGUCAAAACACAUAUUCAUCCCGGAGAUUCGGCAUCUGAUUCAGAAGCAAACGGAGAUCAUUCUCGUUGUCUUGGCUACAAAUUCGAUGUCGAUGGUGUCGACUACUGAGAUGAUAAAGUAGGUGUCUGCGAUGGAUGUGGAUUGCAGUACAAUUCAUCUUUUACCCUCCUGCUUGCUAAUUCGUCUUCCUCGGCUCGUUGCACGCCUGACGCCUUUUUUUGGCUCGCGUUCUUCAUCUGGUGUCCUUUUUCCUUGCCUUUGUUUUCGAUCUCAUUCGACUAUACGACUGCCUACAAUUGCAGGCAGUUUGAGUUUGACGCAGCCAAUUCCAUUCGGUCUCUUCUUUUCUGUUCUGCCCUACGCCAUGAGGUAACCUCUCCAAAAAUAGACAACUUAUCACGUUUUUCGACUGUAAAUUUCUUUUUCAGUUCUCCGCCGCAUGGCCAGAAACGGAGCGCCGACGGAGGGCUCGAACCGGAAGCGCCGCCGCCAAAAGUUUCAAACUUGCUAUCGGACGACAGUCGUGAUGACGAGGUGGCCGAGGUGGACGAAGUGGCCGAGGUGGACGAGGUGACCGAAGUGACCGCGGCGACUGAGGUAGCCGAGUCACAACCUUCUCAACCGGCGGAGCCAGUUGAUAGGACUGAUGGCAAUCCUUGUCCGGAUCUUUUCAAACUGUCCGGAAUUCCAGCGUAUUGGACUCCAGUUUUUACAUUAGGAAAGGGGUGAGAUAGAAAAGUGUUUUACUGAAACUCUCAGCAAUGUCAGAGCAUUCGGUAGAGCUGAACUGAUUCAUUCCAAUCGUUUGGACCCAACUGGCACGCACAACGUUCACAACACAUUUGCUGUCAAGCUAAUCAAGUUCUCCGUCGAAAAACUGGCGUCAGUGAUCAGGGAGGUCGAAAUGCAUCGGAAAUGUCGUUCUCACCCAAAUGUCCUUUUCGUCGGAUUAUGUCUGUGCCAGCGAGACGGCGAUGGAUUUAGAAUUCAGGUUCGAAAUGCGAUUAUUCCCUCUUUUCCUCUAAUCUCUUUUUACGUGUCAGUUGUGCAUGGAGUACGCUUCUGGUAGCGAUUUAUCGCUCUUUGCUCUCAAGAAAAAAACCGAGCAACAUGUGGCAUAUGCGUGUGAAGGGGUGAGAAUAUUAAAGCGACGACAAAUCUGCAAAGUAAUCUUUCAGCUUUUGCAAGCGUUGAAGCACGUGCAUUCUCUUGGAAUUGUUCAUGGAGAUGUCAGCCUCAAAAAUGUACUUAUGACGCAUACAGGGGUCAUAAAACUAGGCAUGUUUUGUAAAUCUGAAGCAAAAAUGUUAAUUCGACGUCGAAUUUAGCUGAUUUCGGAAAUGCCAACGUUGUUGCAAACACUCAAUCUGACCAGAACACCAAUAUCGGAGGAACUCCGGGCUUUGUAGUUCAAUUAUUUCAUGAAUCAUUUUUCAAAAACAAGUUGUAGAUUGCUCCUGAAAUAAUUAAAAAGAUGGGAUACGACACAAAGGCUGAUAUGUGGAGUGUGGCUACUUUCGCAGCGUACAUCACUUCAGGACACAACCCGUUCAAAAAAGGAAUGAUCUUUGAUCUGCCAUUAGUAUGGAUGACUCAUUUCAAAAAUUGUUGUGUUCUGAAAAUUUGAUUUUCAGUAUGUACGAUUGGUCGUCUCAAACUUCAAGCCCAUGAUUCCAGAGAGCUUCUCCUCCCAAUUAAAGGUAAACAACAUUUUCUCGGCGAGACCAGACGAAUCAUCUAUUAACUCGCAGGAAUUCAUCGGCUUCCUGUUCCAAUACGACCCGACAAACAGGAAAUCUGCAAUCGAGAUGAUUGCCCAUCCAUUCCUCCGCGAAAGAGUCAGUCCGCAAGAAAUGGCUCGAUUUUACCUCGGUGAACGAAUUGCCGCCAACAUGGAUUUACCUCAUCCCGCCGAAACCGGAGGACUAUUGAAUGUUCCUGUCACCAUAGAGUAACCACGUUAUUAGGAAAAAAGUGAACCCCAUGAUCUCUUAUGUUCCCAACCCGUGCAGUUUUAUUAAAUUUCACUUUAACCUUCCGAAUCGCCGAUUUCUUGCUUUAUGCUUCUUCCACGUGUGUUAUUACACAUUGCGCUCUGCAGAAAACUCAUAAAAUCAACUUUUCAACCAGACAAUAUUCAUUCUCUGCUUCGCUUUCGUCGCGUCUUUUUUUGCAUAACAAUGACACUAGAAUGAAGUCACUUUUGUUUUUUUUUUCGUUCUUUCUGGCUAUAAAGUCAUCCACAUUUCACUCUUCUCUCUAUGAGCAUUACUCGAAUGUACGUGUAGACAGAUAAUAAACGGGUCGUCUGAUAGUUUUAGUCUCAAACAGAGACAGACGUCGGUUUCUGUUAUUAUCAGUUUUCUCCAAUCGAAACUCUCCUUGAUUGGACACAAUCAUGCGACGAUAAAUAGAGAGAGAGAGACCGAGAAAUUCCUCACUCGUUUUUUCAACGAAACCAUUUUUUGCUGUGUAUGAAAUCGGGGCGUCGGAGAGGUUGCAUUACACCCAGAUGCUAUCGUGAACACUAUUAUUCCCAUCGAUGAUCGCCCGCGAACCGGUCGUUUCUGCCGACUGUUCUCUCUUUUCUCACCAAAUUUUAAAUGUAAAACCUUUUUUCUGUGCAUCCAGUAGUUUGUGAAAAAAGCUGAUGUUUUCGAGCUGACUUUGAAGUGGUGAUCGCUUGCGCGUGGUCAUUGAUGUUCUCAAGCAAAAAAAAAAAAGAAAAAACGUUCGCCAAACUAGGCCAUUGCAAUGAUACGGGGCAACGACGAGGCCUUGGUUGAAGUUGGAGUGCGGGAAAAAGGGGAAAACAAAUCAAUAGAGUACUCUGUCCUCUUCUUUCUCGUUUCUCUUCUUUUUCCGCGUUCUUAUCCGCUUUUCUUUGCGUGAUUUCACGACUCAUUGGCUUUGCUUACAUUUCAUAAUUGCAGAGCGAUAAUGGAGUCAUCAGUGCCCAACGACACUCCGUUCGACAUGUUCGCUGCUCCUCCUCCUCCUCCUCCUCCACAGGCAGAUCCAGUUGCUGCUCCACAACCACUACCACUACAACCUUCGACAUCGGACCCGUCCGAUUUCGGGUUCACCAUGCAAGAUGUCUUUUUGGAGUUGGAAGCACUAAAGGCGCAAGUGAGAAAAAGUGGAUAAUUGGCCAGCGUGACAUGCUAAUAGCCUUGUAGAUGGCAGCGGCCGGCUCGACGUCGACUUCGGCUAUUCCCAGAAAGAAGUGUGCCAAUCGGGCCAAAAAGACGAGAAGACCACUGAACCUGGUACUUUUUUAAUGGGAAGAACCAUAAACAUUUAUAAAACUGAUGUAGGACAAAGGAAAAUUCUCCGGAAGACGGGAAUACACUCUGCCGUGCCCCAAUGGAAAUCUCAAAGAUCCGUGGAACUUCUUCAGCAAGGAAAUCACUUUCAUUGUCUUCGAAAGGAUCAUGAAAGAGUUGGAUGAAGACCGUGAGACUGAUGAUUCUCACGUAUCAAAGAAAACAAACUAAUUUCAGGAGUUUUGCAAAUGGCCCAAGAUGAAGUCGGAAAGAGAAUCGCUUUCCACAAAGAGGUAGGGGGUGUAGUAGUAGUAGUAGUUUCGCCGGCGGCGGGUCCUGUAAGACACGCGGACAUUACAUAGACACACAAUUGGGCCGUCUUUGAGUCAUCUGGCCUUUGAUGCAACACUUUAUUUGCAGCAAUACGAGCAGAACGGAAAGCGUGCGCACGUCUACUUUAAGAACCAGCUGAACGAGCUGAAGAACCGUCUGGACCGCACCAAGGCCACCGUUCUCGUGUUCGUUCUUCAGAAGUUGAAGCCGGCAGAUAUCGCCAUUCUGGAGAGACGCUUGUUCCCUCUGCCAACCCGAGUUCUUCUGAAUCUUUGA